GCGUACAAAUCUCUCUAGAUUCUCUAAUACCUCUCUUUUAAGCAUGUUUACAAUACUGAGUUCCUCCAAUGGAGAAGAUAGAAGCAAAACUCACACUUUCUUUCUAACCAUGUCCUUGAUCAUAGAAAUCUCACUACUAUCAGCAGAAGCUAAUCAGGCUUCUUCACCAUCCCAUUUCUCCAAAUUCUCCAGAGUAGGACCAUCCAAAGUAGCCAACAAUAUUGUAUCUUUUUGCAAACAUACCCCUCACCAAGCAGCUUGUGAAUCCAUUUUCAUCUCCAAAACAAGUAAUAGUACUACAAUUACUAAACCACCCCCUCAAACCCUUGAAGGCCUCUUUGUCCACUCAGUCGACUUCAGCAUUAUAAAGGCUCGUUUGGCUUCCGCUCUUACCUAUAAUCUUACCAUUUCCCAUCGUCAAACCUCUCAUCAAACACACUCGCUUGGAGGCAUCAACGACUGCCUCGAGCUGCUCGAGGACAGUAUCGAUUUACUCGAUAAUGUCAUACUCAAAUACGACAGUACCAAAAGCGCCUAUGGCCACACUGACGACGAUAUCCAAAGUUGGCUCAGUGCUGCUCUUACCAAUCAAGAAACUUGUCUAGACAGCCUUGAGAGUGAUAAGUCUGUGGUAGACAAGGGCGCUAUGGAGACUUCAGCUCAAAAUAUGAACCAAUUCAUAAGUAACUCCCUGUCACUUUUCAUGCUCACUAGUAGGUCACCAAAGCAGGCCCAAAACAAAAACCCUAGUAACAUUGUCGGUGGCCGGAGGCUGUUGUCGGAUGAUUUUCCGAGUUGGGUGUCCGGCGCUGAGAGAAAGCUUCUAGAAGCUUCUGUGGGUGACUUAGAAGCACAUACUGUGGUGGCUUUGGAUGGGAGUGGUACGCACAAGAGUAUCGGUGAAGCACUUGGGUUGGUGGCCUCAUUGGCUGAGAGUGGAGGAGGUGGCAGAUCUGUAAUUCAUGUAAAAGCUGGGACUUAUCAUGAAUAUAUUAAAAUACCAACGAAGCAGAAGAACGUUAUGUUAAUUGGUGAUGGUUUGGGGACGACGAUUAUUGUCGGCGAUAGGAACUCUGAUGAUGGUUGGACCACUUUCCAGUCUGCCACAGUUGCUGCUAUGGGAGACGGAUUUAUAGCUCGUGACAUAACAUUUAUGAACAGCGCCGAUCCAUCAAAGCACCAAGCAGUUGCCCUUCUGGUCGGCGCGGAUAAGUCAGUGAUUUUUAGAUGCUCCGUCAUUGGCUACCAAGACACCCUCUACACUCAUUCCAAGCGCCAGUUCUACAGAGACACCCAAAUCUACGGAACAGUUGAUUUCAUAUUUGGAAACUCAGCAGCAGUUUUCCAAAAUUGCAACAUUUACGCAAGAAAACCCUUUUCGACCGGUCUCAAAAACUUUGUCACAGCACAAGGCAGAACUAGCCCGGAUCAGAACACUGGAAUUUCGAUUCACAACUGCAAAAUUUCGGCUGCUUCGGACCUUGCUCCGGUGAAAUCCAAGUACGAGACGUAUCUUGGGAGGCCAUGGAUGCAGUAUUCAAGAACAGUUAUCAUGCAGUCUUACUUGGAUGACUCAAUCAGUAAGGCUGGUUGGUCACCUUGGUCAGGUGGGUUUGCUUUAAAUACAUUGUAUUAUGGUGAGUAUUCAAAUUAUGGGCCUGGGGCUUCAACUUCGGGUCGGGUCCAGUGGCCAGGGUAUCAUGCAUCACUUACACCGGUUGCUGCACAAGCCUUCACUGUUAGUGGUUUCAUCUCUGGGAACCUUUGGUUGCCUUCCACUGGGGUUUCUUUUGAUCCGGGACUCAUUAAAUGAUUGCAAUAGCGGUUUUCGCACUCUCAAUUUAGCUUCUGACACUUCGGUUGUGAUUGUAAAACUUUAGGACUCUCAGGUUUCCAGCUCAGAAUUUGCAUACCCAUCAACUGAUAGGUUGCAAGUAUUUAUAAUAAUCUUGAUAUUACAUCAGGGGUUUAUCAUCCCUAUUUACACGGCAAUUUUUGAAUUUGAAUAAUACAACAUCUGUGAAAACAAACUUUAAAACAUUUAAAAUAAUCUAGACCUAUCAGAGUUAUCCUUGGAUAAGGACUGCAUUCCUAGAUAACAGACUUUAGAGUUUAAACAUGAGCUGAAUUCUUGAUAACUCUGACUUGGUCUAAUAGUGAUGUGAACGUACAAAGUAUAUAACAUACUCAAUUUAAAUGCGAGAAGCUAAACUAAGAGUGCCAAAAUCACUACCUUUUGAAGGCAUUGUGCAUUUGUAUAAAGUUGUAUUUGUGUUUGGUUAGAUGUGAUCUAAAACCAAAGGGCUUAUGUGAUCGCAGGCCUAUUGUAGUUAUGUUGAGUGAUCUUAGUGUUUUGGGCAUUCGAUCCCCUUGAAACAAGCAAUAGUUGUGUUACUAUACUUUAAGUUUAAAAAUCCAGUUGAAUAGAUUAGUGACUUAUGUAACUUGUGUUGCUUUUGGUGAAUGCAAAUUCACUUACGAAUAACAACGGUCUUCAUUCUUAUAAAUUUUACAAUUAGAACUGUUACAUAAUAGGAGUCUAAAUUGUGGGUGCAAAGAAAUUUCUCAAUAACCAAAAUGACAAUUUCCUCAAUGUUGUGAAAUCUUUAGAUAAAUGUCUUAUAUUUACAGUACGAGUAAGUACAAAUAUAUGUGUGUUAUGUAAUAUGAAUCCUCCACUAAUCACCAUUUAUCAAUCUUAAUCUAGAGUUUACAAAUAAAUUAGUGGUGUCUAGGGACCAAUAAUUCCAUAAACAAAACUACAAACAAUCCAAUAAACAAUUUGUAAUAUAUAUUGAUGCUAACCUAGUUUUUAAUACAAAAAAAAAAAAAAAAUCACAUAACAAGUAUAAACUUAAAGAUUUGACUCCCCCGGUUUAUAUUAUAAACGGCAAUUAGAACUGUUACAUAAUAGGAGUCCAAAUUGUGGGUGCAAAAAAAAAAUCUCAAUAACUGAAACGACAAUUUCCUCAAUGUUGUGAAAUCUUUAGAUAAACAUCUUAUAUUUUCGGUACGAGUAAUAUAGAUAUAUGUGUGUUGUGAUUAAUGAAUCCUCCACUAAUCACCAUUUGUCAAUCUUAAUCUAGAGUUGAUAAAUAAAUUAGUGGUGACUAGGGACCAAUAAUUCCAUAAACAAAACUACUAAUAUAUAACAUACUCAAUUUAAAUGCGAGAAGCUAAACUGAGAGUGCCAAAAUCACUACCUUUUGAAGGCGUUGUGCAUUUGUAUAAAGUUGUAUUUGUGUUUGGUUAGAUGUGAUUUGAAACCAAAGGGCUUAUGUGAUCGCAAGCCUAUUGUAGUUAUGUUGUGUGAUCUUAGUGUUUUGGGCCUUCGAUCCCCUGAAACAAGCAAUAGUUGUGUUACUAUUCUUUAAGUUUAAAAAUCCAGUUGAAUAGAUUAGUGGCUUAUGUAACUUGUGUUGCUUUUGGUGAAUGCAAAUUCACUUACGAAUAACAAUGGUCUUCAUCGUAUAAAUUUUACAAUUAGAACUGUUACAUAAUAGGAGUCUAAAUUGUGGGUGCAAAGAAAUUUCUCAAUAACCAAAAUGACAAUUUCCUCAAUGUUGUGAAAUCUUUAGAUAAAUGUCUUAUAUUUACGGUAUGAGUAAGUACAUUUAUAUGUGUGUUGUGAUUAAUGAAUCCUCCACUAAUCACCAUUUGUCAAUCUUAAUCUAGAGUUUACAAAUAAAUUAGUGUUGACUAGGGACCAAUAAUUCCAUAAACAAAACUACAAACAAUCCAAUAAACAAUUUGUAAUAUAUAUUGAUGCUAACCUAGUUUUUAAUACAAAAAAA